AUGCUGACCCUGCUGCUCAUCCUCGUGCUCAAACACUCCGUUAUGGCCAUGGGCGACGACGUCGACGCCGACUUCGACCUGGGCUAUGCUAUCCUUCUUGGAGGACUUUUCCUUCUCCUCGUCUACCAGCUGAUGCCUCAGCGGAAGAACAGCUACGAGGAUGAGGAUCCAGACCGCGAUAUUCUAAAAACGACACCUGUCGAAUAUAGCCGAACGCUGGAGAGCAUGAUCGCGAUCAUGGCCGUCAAGAAUUGCAAAUUGAUGGCCCCCUACCCGGACGAGAUCACGGAGAAGGUGCUGGAGGAAGAGACAAGCAUUGUGAAAGAUGGGAUCGCCAACAAGGCCGUCACGCUGGACCUGCUGAAACGUGUGUGCCUCCGUCUGGCACGCGGAUUCGCUAUAACGCUCAGCAUGUCGAUCUCGUCGUUGUUGCAGAAAUUCGAGGCGUAUCCUGACGUGAUGGUUCCCGGCAGGACAAGCGAUGAGCAACUGCGGAACCUCGUCGCCACCCACUACUGGCAAGAUCGCUUCCCGGACGUGCUAAUGUACCCGCCGGAGCCGAGCUUCGAGCAGUACGUCUACGGGUGGGUGCACUCGCUCGAGUUUGAGGGCAACUACCGCGGCCCGGAAGCUAUUGAGGAGUAUCUGGUCUCGCUGGCGGAGGAGGUCAUCGACAAGCUGACAGUGGUGUGUAUUCCUGCCCUUGAAGCGUUGGUACUAGGCGGCGUCAUCGUCCUGCUCGCCUACUACCUGUUCCCAAGGUCUGCUCCUCAACCUAUCCCCGAUCGACGGCCCAUCGUGAUCGAGGAGGACGAAGAAAAAAAUACACAUGCCGGCCCGGAGGUGUUGGACCUUCGGGUCCUCGGACGCUGCGACCCGGAAGACGGCAGGGAGACGGUGUACAUCGCCGCUGCCUGCGGUCAGGCCGGAUUGACUGAAGAGGGCCUCCAGCAUAGGUUCCACAACAUUGAAGAGACGCUCAAGACGGCGCUGAUCACCGACGGCGUCGAGGAGGAUGGGAUCGACACCUCGGGCUCCCACGUCUUCUGCCAAUUCGAGGCGGGAACGGCAUCUGUCCGUACGACGUGCCCGGUGAAGAAGGGGACACGGCUGAUCGGGGUGCUGAGCUUCAAGCUGCCCGCAGAGGCCGCCGGACUUCUGGUGAAACUGGCGAAGGAGAUGGCCGACGACCCGGAGGGGUUCAUGGGCAAGAUGGCCAUUGAGAGCAUCGCCGACGUGCCCAUCGACAAAUACGAGACGCGCUACAUCCAGUUCCACCGCCUCGGCUACUACAUCUGCGUCAAGGGCCCGGACGUGCCGCUCCCCACCCGACGCGCUCGACUCGACAGGGUGGCCGAAGUCUGGAAACGGGCCUGUCGCGAGCAGGACAUUGCGCUUUUCCGCGUGGUUGUCUUCCACAUCGACGCGUAUCACGCCACGUGGUUCACCAGCGAUUUCCUGCUCGAGAUGCCGGACGACAUGGUGGUGCUCGGGCACCUUGCGCUCGAGACGUACAAAAUGGGU